UCACCAUCCCGAAGAUCUCAGAAGAAUUUGUCUUCUGUGUGGUUUUCCCAAUGAGGAUCCGAGGAAACUACUUUUGUUUCUUGGUGGGCUUGCUGUUUAUUGCAAAUGUAGUGUUCUGCCAUGCUGGCGAUGAGAAGACCGUUGUCGAGGUUGUUGGAGCUGGAGAAUGUGGAGGGUGUGAAGAGAACCACUUCAAAACCAGCCAGGCCUUUACAGGACUUAAAGUAACCAUAGAUUGCAAGCACAAAAAUGGAGUGUUUAAGACCCGUGGCUCCGGGGAGCUCGAUGGAGAAGGGAACUUCAAGGUUUCUCUUCCGAGGGACUUGAUUAAAGAUGGGAAGUUGAAGGAGGAAUGCUAUGCACAGUUGCACAGUGCGGCGGCCGGUCCCUGCCCUGCCCAUGACGGCCUGGAGUCAUCCAAGAUUGUCUUGAAAUCCACAGGUGAUGGAAAGCAUAGUUUUGGGUUGAAUGGAAAGCUGAAGUUCUCGCCGGUGACAUGUGCGUCGGAUUCCUUCUGGCCGCAUUUCAAGUACCCGCCGGUGCCGAAGAUUCCGAAAGUAUUCCCUCCGAUUUACAAGAAACCUUUCCCUCCGAUUUACAAGAAACCUUUCCCUCCGAUUUACAAGAAACCUUUCCCGCCGAUUUACGAGAAACCUUUCCCACCCCCUGUUCCUGUCUACGAGAAGCCACUUCCACCACCAGUUCCGGUGUAUAAGAAGCCACUCCCACCCCCUGUUCCUGUCUACGAGAAGCCACUUCCACCACCGGUUCCAGUGUACAAGAAGCCACUUCCUCCGCCAGUUCCUGUCUACGAGAAGCCACUUCCACCACCAGUUCCGGUGUACAAGAAGCCACUUCCUCCGCCAGUUCCUGUAUACAAGAAGCCACUUCCACCCCCUGUUCCAGUGUAUGAGAAGCCACUUCCACCCCCUGUUCCAGUGUACAAAAAGCCACUUCCACCGCCUGUUCCGGUGUACAAAAAACCACUUCCUCCCCCUGUUCCAGUGUAUGAGAAGCCACUUCCACCGCCUCCACUCCCACCACCAGUUCCGGUUUACGAAAAGCCACUCCCACCACCAGUUCCGGUUUACGAAAAGCCACUCCCACCACCAGUUCCAGUUUACGAAAAGCCACUCCCACCACCGAUUCCAAUUUACAAGAAGCCAUUUCCUCCAUUGCUUCCAAAUAUUCCUCCACUCCCCGAGAAGAAAUGGCCUCCUCUUAUCCCCAAGAUUCCUCCUCACAAGUACUUCCAGCACCCCAAGUUCGGAAAAUUUCCUCCACUCCCACCCUUUGCUCCUUAAAAAGUUGUAGCUUGAGGUUCAAAUAGGGUAAAAAAUGUUGUUUUUUUCAAUUGAAGUGAAGGUUUUGUUUUUGGCUCAGCAAUAAAGAUGGUGAAGAAGAACAAUAUUAUUGGGAGAACAGCCAAGGAAUGUGAUUAUCGUGAAUUACUGUACUUAUUUAUAAAGAUAAUGUUAAAUUAAGUGGUUUUAUGGGUGUGAAUUGAGUUAAUUU